AUGGAGCCGCCGUUCUACCGACCCGCGCCCUUCCCGGGCGGCUUCUGCCGGCCCGAACCCGACUACGGGGCGCUAGCGGGAGCGCUGCCGCCGGGGGCACCCCCCGAGCCCUUCCGCGGGCUCAAGCCGACGCCCUGCCCCGACGGCGGCUUCUUCGGUAGCGGCGCUGGUACCGGCGGUUUCUUCUACCCCGGCCCCGGGGAGCGCGACGGCUUCACCGGUAGCUUCGCGCAGGCGCUGGACGAGCUGCACCAGCCGGGGCCGCCCAACGUGGCGCUGCCGGAGCCGUCGGGGCUGGCGGCGGCGUUGGGGAGUCCGGGAGGGUCCCUCACCCUGCCCCCGCCCCCAGACUCGAAGACGCUGUCGGAGGGGGAGCGGGAGCGACGCUUUGGGCUGCUAGAGGCGGCGAGCGACGUCCUGGGGUGGGCACUGCAUGUGCUACCCCCCGACCACAUCUCUGCCUGCAUGCAGCAGUAAGCCAAGUACAACCUGAACGAGCUGUCGCACGAUACAGCUGUGGGCCUCAUCCAGUUCGCGCUAGACUCUGGGGUGCAGGUGGCUGAGGUGUUUGUGGACACAGUGGGGCCAGCAGAGAAGUAUGAGGCAAAGCUGCGGCAGCGCUUCCCGGGGCUGGAGGUGACCGUGCGCCCCAAAGCUGACGGGCUCUUCCCCGUCGUCAGCGCUGCCAGCAUCUGCGCCAAGGUCGCCCGUGACCGGGCCGUGAAGCAGUGGAAGUUUGUGGAGGACCUGGAGAACAUUGACCGGGACUAUGGCUCAGGGUACCCCAAUGGCAGCAGCCCCCUGGACAGUCCCCGCAACUUCUCGCCCAGCAACCCGGCCCACUUCUCCUUCGCCUCCUCUCGCCGUGCCGAUGGUCGCCGAUGGUCACUGGCCUCGCUGCCCUCCUCUGGCUAUGGCACCAACACCCCCAGCUCCACUGUCUCGUCGUCGUGCUCGUCGCAGGAGCGCCUGCACCAGCUGCCAGCGCAGCCGACGCCGGAGGAGCUGCGCUUCCUCUCCCGCCACUUCGGCAGCUCUGAGAGCCUGGCUGAGGAGGAUGGAGGGGCCCGGGGGGGGCCGGCCCCACGUCCCCGCUCCCGCAGCCUCAGCCCUGGACGCUCGCCUUCGUCCCACGACAACGAGAUCGUGAUGAUGAACCAUGUCUACAAGGAGCGGUUCCCCAAGGCGACGGCACAGAUGGAGGAGCGGCUGGAGGAGUUUGUGCGGGGCUGUGGCCCCGGGGGGACACCGCUGGCCGAUGGCGCCCUCAGCUUCAUCCAGCACCAGCUGGUCGAGCUGGCGCGUGACUGCCUGGCCAAGGCCCGGCACGGCCUCAUCACUGCCGGCUACUUCUACGAGCUGCAGGAGAACAUGGAGCGGCUGCUGCAGGACGCCUACGAGCGCUCGGAGUCGGAGGAGGUGGCCUUCAUCACCCAGCUGGUGAAGAAACUCCUCAUCAUCAUCUCCCGCCCUGCCCGGCUGCUCGAGUGCCUGGAGUUUGACCCGGCCGAGUUCUACCAGCUGUUGGCAGCGGCGGAGGGCCAGGCCCGCGAGGGGCUGCUGAAGGCCGACAUCCCUCGCUACAUCAUCGGGCAGCUGGGGCUGGCACGGGACCCCUUCCCCGACGUGGUGCAUCUGGAGGAGCCCGACAGCGGCGGGAGCAACACGCCGGAGCCGGAGGAGGGGGCUGAGGGCCGCAGUGCUGUCCCCAGGGCAAAGAAGCCGCCUGGUGAAGGCGACUUUGAGACCAUCAAACUCAUCAGCAACGGCGCCUACGGGGCGGUGUACCUGGUGCGGCACACGGCCACGCGCCAGCGCUUCGCCAUGAAGAAGAUCAACAAGCAGAACCUGCUGCUGCGCAACCAGGUGGAGCAGGCGUUUGUGGAGCGCGACAUCCUCACCUUCGCCGAGAACCCCUUCGUCGUCAGCAUGUUCUGCUCCUUCCAGACCCGCCGCCACCUCUGCAUGGUCAUGGAGUACGUCGAAGGCGGGGACUGUGCGACACUGCUGAAGCACAUCGGGGCGCUGCCGCUGGAGCUGGCCCGGCUCUACUUUGCCGAGACUGUCCUGGCCCUCGAGUACCUGCACAACUAUGGCAUCGUCCACCGGGACCUCAAGCCUGACAACCUGCUGAUCACCUCACUGGGCCACGUGAAGCUGACGGACUUUGGGCUCUCCAAGAUGGGGCUGAUGAGCCUCACCACCAACCUCUACGAGGGCCACAUGGAGAAGGAUGCCCGCGAGUUCCGUGACAAGCAGGUGUGCGGCACCCCCGAGUACAUCGCGCCUGAGGUGAUCCUGCGGCAGGGCUAUGGGAAGCCGGUGGACUGGUGGGCAAUGGGCAUCGUCCUCUACGAGUUCCUGGUGGGCUGUGUCCCCUUCUUCGGGGACACCCCCGAGGAGCUCUUCGGGCAGGUCAUCUCCGACGAGAUCCUGUGGCCGGAGGGGGACGAGGCGCUGCCCCCUGACGCCCAGCACCUCAUCUCCUGCCUCCUGCAGCCCGACCCCCUGCGCCGCCUCGGGGCUGGGGGGGCACAGGAGGUGAAGGCUCAUGGCUUCUUUGCGGCACUCGACUGGACGGGGCUGCUGCGGCAGAAAGCUGAGUUUGUGCCGCAUCUGGAGUCUGAGGAGGACACCAGCUACUUUGACACACGCUCGGACCGGUACCCCCACGUCACCUCCUAUGAGGAUGAGGACACGACGGAGGACGAACCUGUGGAGAUCCGGCAGUUCUCAUCCUGCUCCCCCCGCUUCAGCAAGGUGUACAGCAGCCUGGAGCAGCUCUCACAGCAGCAGGAGCCGAAGGCAGCCAAGGGGCGUCCACGGGACGAGGGGAGACGCGAUGGCUUCGCCCGUGACCGCGGCUGGCGCACGGCUUCACCCGAGCUGAAGCGCCCAUCGGCGGCUGAAGGGCCCCCCCCCGAGGGUGAGGGCAGCCCCCCCCCGGGUGCCCGUCGCCGCUUCUCGGCACUGCUGGAGCCAGGGCGCCCUGGGGCCCCCCCCGAGGAGCGGCCGCCCCCCCGCAACGGGGGCACCCCCCGCGAUGGACCCACAGAUGGACCCAGCGAGGAGGCAGGGGAGCGAACGCCACGGGCUGGGGACCUGCCCCCACCCCGGGCUGAGCUGGGGCUGCGGCGGCCGCGGCACCCAGGGGUGGUCCCCGAGGCAGGGGGUGACAAGCGCAGCCCCCGUGGCCCCGGGAAGGUCACCAAGUCGGCGUCGGCCACUGCUCUCUCCGUCAUCAUCCCCAGCGCACCUCUCAAUACCCUCUAA